CCGGGCAGCGCAAUAAUACCUGGCCGGGCUUUCAGUGAGUGGCUUUCAGUUCUGGCUUCUCGACUCUGCAACUGUCUAUACUUCCACAGCACGCGCCCGGUCAACCUUUAGGUACACAUGUGCGCGCUCACGAGACUACCCUACCACAUAGGUAGUCGUAGCCGUUCCCGCCUUGCACGAGGUAAGGUACCUUUUGCAGAUCAAGGAACCCGUAGAUGCUACGCACCACAACUUGCUCGACACCCAGCCGCUCUUGGUUCUUUUCGACCGACCACCGCCACAUUACCUUCUUCGCCAUCCUCAUCCGCAUUCGCUAAUUUCUCUCCCAUUCCACUCGUCCCUUACCCUAUUCUCUUCGUAUCCUCACACCCCCUCGGUUCGGCGAUCGCAAACAACAAGCAAGACGACGACGACGCCAGCACCUUGUUGCGCACGCAGUCGCCCCCCCCUCACUUACUCAUUCGCCCAAACUCAGAGUCGCCACCAGGAAGGAUGAGGGAAAAGGCAUCUAUCUUAACGGCUCAGGACUGCGCUUUCUAUACAGGGCAAGUGGUGGUAGUUCGCCGUCGUGCAAGUUUAGUUGCACUCCCCUAGCUUCACUUUCUUUUCAAGACGAGCUUUUCGGAGGGGGUUCUUCUUCUGUUCCGUCUUGCCUUGUUGGGCCGAGUAGGUAGAUGUACCUGGGAGGCAUGCGUAGUGG